ACCACGAUGUUUACAAACUUGCAUGCUGUGCUGAGAGAAAGGACCAGGCAGUAAUUAUAUCUUUAUGUUACUGUGAUACGUCCUAUCCCGUUACUAACUCGUCAGAUCAGAGAGCACAAGUUUGCAUCAUAUGAUAAUCAUAACAAAAACACCUCACAGAAGAUCGACGCCUUUGUUUCAACCAUGACCCCGUGUUUGCAUCUGUUCUUUCAUUGUUACGGCUCAUCGAAGGCUGGCUGAAUCUUCGAAGUCAAGCUUUUAUCUUUUCGUUUCUCUUUGGGGAAAGUCAAGGUUGAUAUUUAUAAAGACUAAUGGGCGACGCAAAAGACGUAGUAAAGUUAGAGUGGGGACUGGAGGGUUGGAAGGACAAGACUAAGGCCAUAAAAGAGGAGAUAAAACGUCAAAGCGAAGCAAACGAAUUGUUCUUUGUUAAAAAUGCCAAGCAAAUUGACCUGUCUAAGUUUCUGGAGGAGAGCACCAACAAGUACACCUUUGCAAUUAUGGGUAUGAGUGGAGCAGCUAUUGUAAAUCUUCUUCGCACAAUCAUCAUGGAGUACCGUGAAGUAGAUAGUGGUCCUUACUACUUCAAGUUUGCAGCUGAUAAAAAGUUUAAGGUGGAGCUGAUGCCCACAGCGCUUUAUCCUGGACAUGGACUAAUUAAAGUCGUUGGCAGACUGAAGUAUUACUCCUACCAUGAAAUGUGUGCGUUACUGGCUAAGAGUGGCGUGACAAGUAAGGGGCUGGGUGACAUGACGCUCAAACUGAAUACCAAAGGAAUGAAGUCUGCGUUGUUUAAUGCGGUUAGUCCCAUGAACGAACUUCACUUCAUGUUACUCUUUGAAAUCGCGCGGAGGCUGGUACGGGAUUCAAACGGGAAGCCCGUGUCGACAGAUCCCAUACUUGAUCUUCUUCCCUCGGGCGUGAUCAUUGGUCGAAUCAUCGAGCUUUUGCGCGUAGAAAAAGACGUCGUGCUAAGUUACGACAAAGUCUUCGGCGAUCAGCAGCCACUCAAUUGGAUAACGGAGAACAACACUAUACUUAAACGCCAGAAAAUGACUGCCAUUAACAAAAUGUUCUUUGAAAAGUUUAUCCAGGGCCAGCAAGAUGAGGUCCCCUUCAUACGGAGAUUUCUAGAGGAAAACAAGAACGGUUAUAUAAUUAAAACUUUAGAGGGAUACCUUGACGAUUUAAAAGAAGUAUUUGGUGAAAUGUGAUAUAGAACAGAUGAAUAAUCUUCGCCAAGUUAAUCUGCUGUGAUAUUACGAUGAAAACUAAACUUGUCACGCCCAGAUCUCUCUCUCUCUUUGCGAAAGUGGGGUGUCUGUGAAACGCAGAAACUGGAUUCGAUGUUAACUUUAACUACCGAAACAUAAUUAUCAUGUUUUAUUUAACAUAGGAAGUUUACAAAAGCGCCAAAAAAAAUUAGUAUUUAAAAUGAAGACAACACUUGAUUUUCUUUAUGAUUAUUACUGAACUAACUUAAUGUUCCACUAACAAUGUCCGUCAACGAGAUAUCGAUCACAGCGCUUCGUGCGCGCUGUACUAAACAGGAACAAGAAUCUUAUUUUCUCUUAGACAGGACCCUUUUCGGAUUUUUUGUAGAUGCAUGGUCAAACUGGUUUGUGUUAUGUGUAAGUGGAGUACUAGUAUCAAGUCAGAGGCUUACACACUCUUGAAGAUUUUGUAAGAGUAGCUACAUUGGACUCCUCAGUUUUCAUCUGAGGGACAACAAACAGCAUCAAAAGGUACUGAGACACUUAUAUGAACAAUGAUGAGGCGUAGACAGCAUUUUUCAACGAGGGAAGUCGUGUUUCAGCUGUGUCUUAGUGAAAUUUGAGUCCUUACAUGCACUUGUUUAUGCCAUUAAUUACUAUCAUUUGCAUACGAGGGCUGUGAGGGGGAGGGUGGGGAGGGGGACGGAGGCACACGAACUCUAAGCCUCUCUCCUUCAUCCUCCUACCUCAUAAUUUCACCAUUUUCUAUCAUGAUUCUCCUCGCCAGCCCGGCAGGAGUUGUGAUUUUACCUUGUUGAUUGAUAUUUCUAACUCUUUUACUAGGCUAAGUCUUCCAUUUCAUCAUUAAUUUAUUUAGAACUGAAAAUCGCUUUUCAUUCGUUAGUGGUUGGUAACUGUCAGCCUUUGAAAAGUUGUUUCCGCAAGGAUUCACACUUAAAGUACUUUCGUUUGAUCAAGAGACAUGUACUAUGCAGGUUUGACUUCAUUAGAAAUUUAGUAAUUUUUAAAAACCGAACGAUACAGAAAGGUUAUUAGCGGGUUGUCGAAGGUGCAAGGGGAAAUACACAAUUUUGAAAGAGUAUAUUUAUACGAAAUGUUUGUCGCCAUCGUUUCAUAACUGGCUUACCUUCUACUCUUAAUUAAGUGUAAGAAUAAAAGCAGAAUCCAAUUUAUCUUU